GAAGUGAUAGGCGGAAGAAGCCUCGGCGGAAGCGGUCUGCUCUGUCAAGGGAGGAAACAUUUAGCACGAUUUGACUCAACUAGCGUAACUGCGAUUCUCUGCCCCCUUCGUCGACGCCACAACCCACUGCGAUGAUCCUGUUAGAAAUCAAUAACCGCAUUAUAGAAGAGACCCUGUCGUUGAAGUUCGACAGCGCAUCAAACGGAACCAAGCCCGAGGCUGUUGAUGUGACGUUUGCAGACUUCGAUGGUGUGUUGUACCACAUUUCCAACCCAAAUGGCGAUAAGACCAAAGUGAUGGUCAGCAUCUCCCUGAAGUUCUACAAGGAACUACAGGAGCAUGGGGCUGAUGAGCUGCUGAAGAGAGUGUACGGAAGCUUCCUUGUUUCACCAGAGGCUGGCUAUAAUGUGUCACUUCUUUAUGACCUGGAUGCCCUACCAGGCAACAAAGAUGAGGUUGUGCACCAAGCAGGGAUGCUGAAGAGAAACUGCUUUGCCUCUGUGUUUGAAAAAUACUUCAAGUUCCAGGAAGAGGGCAAAGAGGGUGAGAAGAGGGCUGUGGUCCACUACAGAGAUGACGAGUCCAUGUAUGUGGAGGCAAAGAAAGACCGGGUGACGGUGGUGUUCAGCACAGUCUUCAAAGAUGACGAUGAUGUCAUCAUUGGCAAAGUCUUCAUGCAGGAGUUCAAAGAGGGUCGCAGAGCAAGCCACACAGCCCCGCAGGUGCUGUUCAGCCACAGGGAGCCGCCUCUGGAACUCAAAGACACAGACGCAGCUAUUGGAGACAACAUCGGAUACAUCACCUUUGUCCUUUUCCCACGUCACACCAAUGCCAAUGCCAGAGACAACACCAUCAACCUCAUCCACACCUUCAGGGACUACCUGCAUUAUCACAUAAAGUGCUCCAAGGCUUAUAUUCACACUCGCAUGAGGGCCAAGACGUCAGACUUCCUCAAGGUUCUCAACCGUGCCCGACCAGAUGCUGAGAAGAAAGAGAUGAAGACCAUUUCUGGGAAGACCUUCCUUCGCUGAUGCCCAGCUCCAGGACAGCUGAGCCGAAGCCACCGUCCGUGGCCACACGCAAACGCGCCACGCUGCGACUCAACGGCACAUUGGACAGGCCUCCAGGAUGCCUCUAAACGCCCCACACAGUCCACUCUCUAAAUUGUCAAGUUUUUCUUUCUUUCUCUCUAUUUUUCUUUAUAACAAAUAGUAAAGUUGACGGGAACAGCCAAGGCUCAAGAUCAUGAAAACAGGGCAUUCCUUGCUUUGCAUAGUUAAAGCGCAC